AUGUUUUCGCAUGAUCAAAACAUCGGUAGAUGGCUGCAAGAGUUGGACUCGGAGUCGGAGUUUGAAGGAAGUUGCAAUGAAUUACAAAAUGAAGACUGCAGKGACAUAGAAGACGCUUCUGUAGACCAUGUAAUUGAUGGCGAAUGUCAGCCAGAAUCGGAAAUAGAACUAAAUGAGUCAGAACAAUCGCGGUACCUUUUGAAUGACUACCUAUACUUGGGAAAGGACUCUGACAGUGAAGGUUUACCUGUUGAGUACCAYAAACUAGGCAAACCUACCCAGGCUGUUUUGAAAUUGAUAUCUACGAUUGAAGGCACCAACAGAAAUAUAACAACCGAUAAUUGGUUUACAUCAGUUGAGCUUAUGAACAUUUUGAAGAAAAAGCAGCUGACACUCGUGGGUACUCUUAAAAAGAACAAACGAGAAAUUCCUCCUAACUUUCUCCCUAGUCGUCAUCGAAAAGUUGGUUCGYCCAUUUUUGGAUUCACGUCCGAUGCAACAUUGGCAUCUUUUGUGCCAAAGGCUAACAAAUYCGUCCUUAUUCUGUCCAGCAUGCAUCAUACUUCCAACAUUGAUCCUAAUACUAAAAAACCAGAAAUGGUGAUGUUUUAUAACAGCACAAAGGGCGGAGUAGACAUGUUGGAUCAAAAAUGUGCCAUUUACUCCACUUCUCGGCGAACGCAGAGAUGGSCAAUGGCGAUCUUCUAUAGAAUGCUAGAUAUUUCUGCUGUAAAUGCAUAUAUCAUAAGCGAGAUGAACCAAACACAGGAAAAGGUACUUCGGUUUAAUUUUAUGAAGAAGUUAGCUGAAGAUCUCGUGAAACCACAUUUAGAACGCCGUGCAUACCAGAAUGGAUUACACAGAGAACUUCAAGGCGAUAUUCGCCGUGUACUAAAAAUGGAUCAAGUUCCCAGUACAUCGCUGGCCAACAACGUAGAAAAAUUUGAAAAACGUAAAACCUGUUCACUAUGUGAUCCCAAAAAGAAACGCAAGACAUUCCACAUGUGUUUUGAAUGCAAAAAUCCAAUUUGUAUUGAAUGUUCCCAAAGAAUGUGUAUACCAUGCCGCCAAAAAUUGUGA